AAUUAAAUUAUUUCAUGUUUCUUCUGUGUUUUUUUUUUUUUUUUUUUUAUCACUGACGUCGUUUUCUGACAUUGAAUGCAGGUUAUUCAUCAUAUUAUUGUAAUUAAUUCUAUAAAAAUAUGUAUGAAUUUAAUUCUGAUCAUUUUGAUCAACUCUUAAAUACAAACAUAUGAUAUAAAAAUGUGAUUUGAACGUUAUUGCUCUACACCCCAAGGAAGACAUUUUUGAUAUUUUAACAUAAAUGGACGUCUUUAGAACUAAAACAAUAUUUUCCAUGACAGCAAGUUGCGACUGGAGAUGAGUGUCUAGUUCAGAGUGUUAAUCGUUUUUUAGGGCACAUUAAGACAAAAUUCAUAAAAUUCAGUGCAUGAGUGUAUAAAUAGAACAGUAUCUCGAUCCCCCACACGGUGGCGGUGUUGUACCACAGGCCUUUCACGGUCAAACCAAUAGAGGACGUGACGUAUUCUCCUUUCCUGUGUUGGUUCAAACGCUGCAGCGCGGACCAGUCGCUUAUUUUAUGCCGUGUAUCUGGGUGUAAUGGAGUUUGACGGCGAUCUCAUAGUGGAGCGAAUCGACGAUUUAAAGACGGUUACGCCAUUAGAACAUUUAAUGACUCUUCACUGUGCGCAGUGUAACGCGGUUCUGGCGGACUCUUUGGGGCUGUGCGGAGAGCUGACAUGCAUCGACUCCGUCAUGUGCAUGCGAGUAACCAAUGACGUGGUUGUGAGUGGCGCUCUGGAGUCAGUUCACAAAGGGGAAAUGGCUGACUGCAUUUGCUCCAAUCUAAAAUGCCGUUUGUGCAACAGUGUCGUGGGGAAACGCAUCCACGCUGCUCCUGCGCAUCUGGCCGCUACUCGCUCCGUCUUUCUCCUGAGCAAAGCCAAAAUGAGCUGUUACAUUCUGGACAGCAGCUCAAUGGUGAAGGCGUCGUCUCUCUCGUUUGAGCUGGCGCCUCUCCAGGAAACUGUUGAUGAGGCAAGGCAGGAGGUUGAAGAACAGCUGGAUCUGAUGGCACACACCUGCAGCCAGCUGGCUGACAUGAGUAUGAACACCAGCAGUCGAAGCAGGAAGUGGUGUUUGUAAGAUGUUUGUGCUUUAUGUGUGUGUGGACUUGUUCUGUCAAUGAUGCUCCAUCAUUCUGGAUGCUGUUAGGCUGCACAUGUUCUGUGUUCUUUUUUUUCAAAGCUGAUAAUGUACCUUUCUUUUGAUUAAACUGAUAAUGAAUCUUUUUUUUAAAUUAAUUUUUCACUCAAGUUCUGCUACACUUAUUUGUACAUUAUAUAUAUAUUUUACAAUAAAUUUCAGUUUGAUAUCCUUA